UAUACUCACACCAUUCACCAAUACGUACGUCGUGUAUUUUUUAAAACCUCAGGGGUACACGGCGAAAUUAAAGAUUUGGAUGGGGCAGAAUCUAUUACAAGCACUGAAUGUGAGAGUAGAAGGGACGGGUGAGAAGUACCUGGUGUUAGCCCAUGGGUUUGGAACUGACCAAUCAGCAUGGCAAAGAAUCCUACCUUAUUUUACUCCGUACUACCGUGUCAUACUCUAUGACUUGGCCUGUGCUGGGAGUGUCAACCCUGACUUCUUCGACUUCCAUCGAUACACCACCCUCGACGCCUACGUCGACGACCUCCUCGACAUCCUCGACGCGCUCGCUGUCACGCGUUGCGCGUAUGUUGGCCAUUCUGUUUCAGCUAUGAUCGGCCUUCUUGCUUCUAUACGUCGUCGUGAUCUUUUCUCUAAGCAAAUACUUGUUGGUGCUUCUCCUAGGUUUUUGAACGACGAGGACUAUCACGGUGGAUUCGAGGAAGGUGAAAUAGAGACAGUAUUCUCAGCAAUGGAGGCAAAUUACGCGGCAUGGGUGAACGGAUUUGCACCAUUAGCCGUAGGAGCGGAUGUACCAACAGCGGUGCGUGAGUUUAGUAGGACAUUAUUCAACAUGAGGCCAGAUAUAUCCCUAUUUGUUUGUAGGACAGUUUUCAAUAGUGAUUUUAGGGGUGUCCUUGGAUUAGUUAGGGUACCUUGUUACAUUAUCCAAACGGCUAAAGAUAUGUCUGUUCCAGCAUCUGUUGCUACUUACAUGAAAAACCAUCUUGGGGGUAAGAGUACCGUUAUUAUGCUUAAUACCGAAGGCCAUUUACCCCACCUUAGCGCACCCGCCCUCUUGGCCCAGUCCCUCAGACGCGCGCUCUCUCAGUAACCUAAGCUACGUUUUGAGACUCGAUCUGGCUAGCUAGAGACUCGGGUUUGAUUUCGGCGGCCUCAUUUAUGUCAUUUUACGUGCGAGCUGUGAGAUAUUUUCGUGUUAAUUAGCUUGUACUGUUCUAUGUACCUCGGCCAUAAUUGAUGCCAAUUUUUCCUAGACAAUAUAAUACUCCGUACAAGGUUAAGCUUUGUCAUGUGUUAUAGACUUAUAACAGUGACGAACAAUAUUGUAAGUUUGAAAUUGUACGUGAGGACAAAUACGAAUGGAGUUCUAAUGUUACGGAGCAGUUGUACGGAUUUAUUUUUGGAUUUAUCGAUGUAGUAUAUAACAAAAUUGUUAGUAAGUGUUCGUAUAAAUUUGGAGUUUUUUCA